AUGUCUUUGAACUUUAGGCCCGUAGAACAAGAAGAAUUGAAGGGUAUAUGCGAACAAUUUGCUUCCAGCAUAUCCGCAGAGUUUGAUGACAACACAUUUGUUUGCGAUCUGGCAGAAAGUGAUCUUUUUGCAGAAGAAGGAACAUCUCAAGUGUUCACAUUUCAGAAAAACGUGCUUUUACUCCCGAUCGACGUGCCUGAUGGAGUUGAACUUCGUAUUUUAGAAGAAAACGUAUCUAUUCCAUUGGAAUCAUUCCUGUCAGUCCCUGUUUCUGCCGACGAACAUUGCUUUUUGUCUUGGGAGAAAGUACCUUUAAGACAAAGGAUUAAGACAUUGGCCAAAGCCCAGAUGAACGAGGAGCAAGAUGAUGAAGCUAAAUGGACCGGAUUGUUCAUAAAGUUUGGCAUUAACUCUACGAACGCCGAUGAUGACUUUCAAGGGGCAGCUUCAGAGACCAAGUUUGAAUUACCAGAGGGACAGAAGUUAGUAAUCCCUUAA